UCUCGAGCCCCCAGUUUUGUCCAAGCCAGAGGUGCCAGCGCCUCCAGCCUCCGCGCAGUGGCUGCAGCGCCUGUGAGCUCGCCGCCGGCAGCCUGUCCAGCUCCCCGCCUCAGCCUGCAAACGCAUCCAGAUCCACGUCUUCUCUCAAGCCGGGAGAGACCGGGAGGAAAGGAGGGGGGAGGAGGAGGAGGAGAAGGAGGGAAGGGGGGACAGGGGGAAAAACCCGGGCAACUUAGCGGAAACUUCUCAGAGAAUGCUCCACAACUCCGCCGUGCUGCUGGUGCUGGUGAUCGGCGCUUCCGCAGCCACCGAAGCGGAGCAGAAUGACUCGGUGAGCCCCAGGAAGACCCGGGUGGCAGCUCAGAGCUCAGCUGAAGUGAUCCGAUGCCUCAACACUGCUCUGCAGGUGGGCUGUGGGGCUUUUGCGUGCCUGGAAAAUACGACCUGUGACACAGAUGGGAUGUAUGACAUCUGUAAAUCCUUCCUAUACAGUGCUGCGAAAUUUGAUACUCAGGGAAAGGCCUUCGUUAAAGAAAGUCUGAAGUGUAUCGCCAACGGCAUAUCGUCCAAGGUCUUCUUGGCCAUUAGAAGAUGCUCCACCUUCCAGCGGAUGAUCUCAGAUGUACAAGAGGAGUGUUACCGCAAGCUGGACAUCUGCGACGUGGCCAAGAGGAAUCCGGAAGCCAUCACUGAAGUGGUCCAGCUGCCCAGUCACUAUUCCAACAGGUACUAUAACAGACUUGUCCGUAGCCUGUUGGAGUGUGACGAGAGGACGGUGAGCAAAAUCAAGGACAGCCUGAUGGAGAAGAUCGGCCCCAACAUGGCCAGUCUCUUCCAGCUGUUGCAGACGGACCACUGUGCCCAAGCACAGCCCCGGGCCGACUUCAACAGAAGGCGAGUCGCCGAGCCUCAGAAGCUCAAAAUCUUCUUCAAGAGCCUCCGAGGUGAGGGCGCCACCCCCUCCUACACCAAGCGCACUUCGGCCGAGAGCGAGUAACCGAGGCAGGGGCGUGCGGCCCCCCUGCCAAGCUAUUCGUUUUAGGGGAGAUGAUGUGCCCGUCCUGAGUGUACUGUGCCUCCUUUCUCCUUUCAUUCUGUCACCUUUUUCAUUUCAAAGUAGUUCCUAUUUUCUGCCCUCCUUUCCCUCCCACCCCCAAGCCCUUAGAGACAACUGCAUGCAACAAGACUUCUGUGUCCCGUGUCCCACCAUUGCAAAGGCCACGUCCUGAGCAUUGAACAGCCUCUUCCCCGAUGGAGACCGCCCUGGUCCGUGCCCUUCCCCAAACGCCCUCCGACCCCUGCGUCCACCCGUGCUGUCCCCCGUGGAAGGUGUGGAGCCCCCUAGAGUAGUCGUCCCCCGAGGCUUAGAGGCCCGUCUCGCCCACGCCGAGAGAUGCCCAAUGGAGUUCGUUCGUGUUAUGAAUCUGUGCUGGCCAUGGACGAAUAUGAAUGUUGUGCUUUCAGUCUGUGGGUCCCCGGCGACCUUGCUUCCUUCUGUAUUUGGGCUCGAGCCUCAUUCUCCGGCCGGCCCGUCACGUUGUGCAUUUCCAUAGAGAAUCAGACUCCUCUCUCCACGUACUGUAACCGCUCAGAGCUUUAAAAGUCUCUUGAACAAUUGUCUUAAAAACUAGCAUAUCUUAAGGUCUAACUGUGGAAUGUAAAGAGCUGAGGACUUACACCCUGUAAAUAAAUACCAGAGAAGGCUGCUCGCCCGAGCGGCAAGUAAUAAUAACUUUAUUGCCUAGAGAUUUAGCCUCAUGACGUAGCUUUGUUUUUUUCUCUUCUGGGAAUAGUCACUUAUCUCAUGACAAGAAGAUAAAGACGUACUCUUUGUGGCCUUUUCUCCCCUCUUUAAUUGUAACGAAGGGGGCAGACGUAGCUUCCCUCUGCCUCGGAAGCCGAGUUGGGCUCCUCUUAAACUGGGUUGGCAUUUCUGCAGCCUGGGCAAGGAUUCAGCCUCCUCGUUAGACCCCCCUCAGACCUAAGGCUGCUCACUUAAAUCUGGCAAGGAGGCGACUGUCCACCAUACUCGGCGAGGGGAGGCAAACUGGAGCAGUGUGUUCCCCUGUCUUAGCGAUUGUAGCUAUUGGGCAGACCACCCCCGUGGCAAGAGGCUGGUGAGGGCAUGAGACAAGUAGCUCAUCAUUCUCUCUUCUGAAGGGCAAGGGGCUGACAGGGCUCAAAUCAUCCUGAGCCAUCCGGCGUUAAUGGAAGUCUCUGGUCUUUUCCAUCGUCUAUUCGUUAUCACAUCACCGGCCCUCACCAGAUGGCUGACAGGGGAUGGCAUUGUGGCUUUGCAGGGAGAGAAAGAUAGAGAUAAAGAUAUAAAAUCCCCAAACCAGAGCUGAUAGCUUCAUCAGUUUACUCCCAAGGCUUCCGUAUCAUGAGGAACUUCUCGAUCUAUGUCCAGAAAUUUCUCCAGGCCACUGUCCUUGACCACGGCAGUCCUUCCCAGGCAGGGCUGCCCAUAGGUCAGGCCUUCGAAACUUGCUUAUUGGUGCUUCAUUCUCCCUGAAAUAGAUGCAGGAGCUGACCCCAUCUGAUAGAUUCCCAAAGAGAGAAGGGACAAGGGCAGAAGAGCUCUCUAGCAAAAGAGAAAGCAAUACAACCAACCUUACCACAAAGCCUUUAAACUAAUCACUUGCUGCCAAGGUACCCAAAGCAGCCGUGUGAAUGUUGCUGCCCCUCCUCCUCCCCCCAGCCUGCUUCCCCCAAUCCCCCAUGAAGCCCAUCCUUGGGGCACUCGGCAAUGAGCUGAGCCUGUUGACCAGAAGGGUCACCUCCAGCUCUCCACUCCCAAAGAAAUGGGCACUGCGUCAUCUUUUUUGGACAUUGGGUGAACCAUAGUCUGGGUCCCCCUUGAUCAGGUAGGGUCGACUUCUCUAAACAAGAAAAGCUAAUGGCUCGUGUGUCCAUAUCCACACUAGCCAUCCCACUGAGCUAGGAUCCCAAUGGGACAAUUGGGAUUUAGUGAAAUCACCGGGGAAUGUCUUACAUCAGUCAUGGGAAUUCUUUCUUUUUGCUGUGGUUCCUUCACACCCCCUCUAAAAAAAAAUAUAUAUAUAUAUAUAUAUGCAUAUAUGUAUAUAUGUGUGUAUAUAUGUAUAUAUACAUAUGUGUACAUAUAUAAUUUAUGUAUUUAUGGAAAGAAGCAAUUCUUAUGUAUCAAUUUUCUUUUUUUGCUUCUCCCCUCUGUUCUUGCUCCUCCCCGUCUCCUCCAUACCUACUGUUCCAAAGUUUUUGUCUUGCAUUCCCUGCCCAGAGUGAUUUGAGGGCAGAUCUCAACCUGUCUGCAUGAUUCUUCUCUUGUGAUCUGGUUGCACUUUAGAAAAUUUUGUGCCAUUAUAUUUACAUUAAUGUAUUUAUAAUUUAAAUAUUUAGGGGGUUGGGGCUGAGUACUGGAAUAAACAGUGAGCAUAUCUGGCAUAUGUCAUUAUUUAUUGUUGAAUUACAUUUUAAGCUCCAUGUGCAUAUAAAGGUUAUUAAAACAUAUCAUGGUAAUGAGAGAUGCAAGUUAUUUUCUUUGCUUAUUUUUAUAAUUAAAAGAUACCAUAGCCUAAUAUGAAGUGAAUUCCUUCUGAGACAAAAAAAAAUAAAGUGUUAAGUUUUAUUUGUU